AGAAGGUAUUUCUUUCUGACUGGUUGGAAAAAACAGACAAUCCAUAGAGUGCUUGUUAAAAUAACCUAAAAGCUGUAAUUCUGCAGAUAACAUUAGGCGGUGAAUAAAUUGAUCCUGAAGUACUAUUAUUGUCUCUUUAAAAAUUGAACAGAGAAUGUAAUUUUGUCAUUUUGUGGGGUUCCUAAGUACUUUUUUCUGCCACAGAAAGCUUGGCACAAAGUACUUUAUAAAUAGCUUAAGUAUUUGUCUCAGAAAUAUGUUAGAUUGGUGCGGGCUGUUUUUUAAAGUGAUAUUCCACUGUUAGAUGUUGAAAAUAUACAUUGUCUGACAGAUCAGUCUGUAAAGAUUUUCAGCAGCAGGGUGCAGAUUAACUGGGCUAGGUAACCAUGCUUCUUUCGCAGUCUGGCAACUCUUACAGUCACCAACUGUGGAGUCUCCAGCUAUUGGGAUUUUUGGCACAUCAGUUUUAUUAAUCUAAAAUGAGAGCUACAAAGCCAGCUACGUAGUAGAUAUCAGGCAAUGAUUGCUGCAUAGAUAGCAAUAAGAAAGAAGGCAACUGGUUUCUAUUAAUUAGUGUCCAAUAAAUUACGGUACAUGUCAGAUGUAUGUGUACACUUUGCGGGUAUAUUAAAAGAUGCCUAAGCUGGUAGUUUUUGAAUAGUGCCAAUUAUGACAAAAUGAAUGUAGGGAUAUGGUCCCCCAUUCUGGUUGUGUUGCUACAUGAAAUGAGUGUUCCUUCAGAUUAUCAUAGGCUUCUGUAAGCUACCCAUCAGUUUGUGUGGGAAUGUCCCUAUUCUUUCUAGUCUAGUAUAUCAAAAACUUCAGAGGAGUCCUCAGAUAGGGGAGAUUUUUCAUAGGUGUAAUACCUAGUUGCUUCCUUCUGUAUUUUCCUCCUGCUUACUCCUUAUAUCCCCAAUUUUAAUUGUAUGCCAUGUUCAAAUUCAGUAUAUCAUAAAGAUGGGCUGUGUGCAUUAUUCAACAUAGAACUUUGCUAAUUGAAUAGGAAGAAAACACUUGGCUUUUCUUCUAUAAAACAGUAGCAUAACAAUUUCAUGAAUGAAAGGCCUCCAUAAAUUAUGAAAUAUUAUAAUGCCCUGUUAUCAGCAACCCUGCUCAGGUCUUGCAAACUUUUUGAGUCUAUCCAUCUGAAAUGUGGUCUUCCUGUUUUCCUUCUGCUUUCUACCUUAUCAAGCAUUAUGAUCUUUUUUAGUGAGUCAUGUCUUCUCAUGAUAUGGCCAAAGUACACCAGUGUCAGUUCAUCAUCCUGACUUCAAGAGGGAGAUCAGGCUUCGUUUGUUCUUUGAUCUAUUGUUUGUCCUUUUAGCAAUCCAGAGUAUCCAUUGAACUCUUCCAAUCACCAUAUUUCAUAUAAGUUGAUUUCCUUCUUAACAAUUUACUUCACUGUCCAGCUUUCACUACCAUAUGAUGUCAUAGACAAUCCUAACAUUAGUAUUCAGUGACGCUUUUACAUUUCAGAGUCUUGUCUAGAUCAUUCAUAACUGCCUUUCCAAUUUCUAGUCUUCUGAUUACUUGACUACAGAAGCCAAGGGUGUGAACGGAAUGUCUGUGGAUGAGAAGACUGAAUCCCCCAUGUAUGUGUAUGAGUCAACAGUCCAUUGUACCAAUAUCCUCCUGUGCCUCAAUGACCAACGGAAGCAGGAUAUUCUCUGUGAUGUGACUUUGAUUGUGGAGGGGAAAGAGUACCGAGCCCACCGGGCUGUGCUGGCCGCGUGCAGUGAAUACUUCUUGCAGGUGUUGGUGGGGCAGACGGAAAAUGACCUGGUCGUCAGCCUGCCAGAGGAGGUCACUGCCAGGGGAUUUGGUCCAUUGUUACAGUUUGCCUACACUGCUAAGUUGUUACUCAGCAGAGAAAACAUACAAGAGGUCAUCCACUGUGCAGAAUUCUUGCGCAUGCACAACCUGGAGGAUUCCUGCUUCAGCUUUCUUCAGACACAGCUGCUGAACAAGGAAGAUGGCCUGUUCCUGUGCAAAAAGGAUAGCACCUGUCAGCGGAUGCAUGAAGACGAGAACUCCGAAGGAGAAGAGGAAGAAGAGACUAUGGAGUCAGAGACUUCCAAGAUAGCUUGCCCCAGAGAGAGGAUGCACCCAGAGCCCUUUAACUUUGAAUCUGCCAGUUCGGAAGCUGAGAAGGAGGAAGGGAUGCUGCCCAACUCUGACAUAUUGAAUGAUGGCAAGGACGGUUUGGAUAAGGAAACAGUAACACGGUACCCCAGAUAUAAGAAAUACCAGCUGGCUUGUACCAAGAAUGUCUACAACACAUCACACAUUAGUACCUCAGGUUUCGCAAGCACAUUCAGUGAAGAAAGUUCUGGUGACGGCCUCAAACCAGAACUUGUUGUAGGGCAAAUUAAAAGUGAGCCUAGGAGUGAUGAGAACGAGGAAGAGAACAUCACACUUUGCCUCUCUGGAGAUGAGCCUGACAUCAGGGAUAAGGAAGGAGACAUUGAAAUGGACCGAAAGCAGCAGAGUCCCACUGGACCAGACAGGCCCAAGAGUGUUUCCUCUUCUUCUUGCCUAAGCUCUUUUUUCAACCGGACGAAAAACAUAGACUUAGUUGGCUUCCCCAGUACUUCCCAGCAGCACUUUGCCAGGAAUCCAGCGUGCCCUUUCGACAAGGGGACAACUCAGGGUGACCAUAAAACUGAUUAUGUCCCUUUUGUGGGGAAUUACGGACUCUCCCAAACAGUUCAGAAGGAUGCUUCCAAUUUUACAGUGGAAUCACCGCCUCUCAGGGGUCCUGGCUUUGUUGAAGGUCUCUGCAAGCAGGAGGGUGAGGUGGACAGGAGGAGCGUUAUUUUUUCUUCAAACGUUUGUGACCAAGUAAACCCUUCGGUGCAUUCAUAUUCUGGCGUGAGCAGCUUAGACAAAGAUCUCAGUGAGACUGUGCCAAAAGGUCUGUGGGCCGGAAGUAGCCAAUCUCUCCCCAGUUGCCAGACCUAUUCUCACCUCGGACAGGCAGCUGAUCACCUCUCAGGACGGAUGCGGCCUAAUACCAGCUGUCCAGUGCCAAUUAAAGUUUGCCCUCGCUCUCCUCCCCUGGAAACCAGAACAAGAACCUCCAGUUCAUGUUCCUCCUACUCUUAUGCAGAGGAUGGCAGUGGUGAUUCUCCCUGUAGCCUCCCUCUGUGUGAGUUUUCAUCUUCCCCUUGUUCCCAAGGAGCUCGAUUCUCAGCGGCUGAGCAUCAGGAACCCAACAUGAUGGGAGAUGGAAUGUACAACCAAGUCAGACCCCAGAUAAAAUGUGAGCCAUCCUAUGGAACAAACUCUAGCGAUGAGUCUGGAUCGUUCUCUGAAGCAGACAGUGAGUCAUGUCCUGUGCAAGACAGAGGACAUGAGGUGAAACUUCCAUUUCCUGUAGAUCAAAUCACAGAUCUUCCAAGGAACGAUUUCCAGAUGAUGGUAAAGAUGCACAAAUUAACCUCAGAGCAAUUAGAAUUUAUCCAUGAUGUUCGGCGGCGCAGUAAGAAUCGGAUUGCAGCUCAGCGCUGCCGUAAGCGGAAACUGGACUGUAUUCAGAAUUUAGAAUGUGAAAUCCGCAAAUUGGUUUGUGAAAAAGAGAAACUUCUCUCAGAAAGGAACCAGCUGAAAGCAUGCAUGGGAGAGCUAUUGGAUAAUUUCUCCUGCCUUUCUGAAGAGGUGUGCAGGGAUAUGCAGAACUCUGACCAGAUCCAAGACCUGCACCGAUACUGCCCCGUUCUCAGGCCAAUGGAUCUUCCAUCAGCAGCCCGAAUCAAUCCUUUGCCAGCCAGAGUCGAUCAAAAUGUAGUAACGUCCCAGUGCGUUGGGGAAGGCUUGCAGUGCUGUUCGGAGCAAAGCCCAGUACAACCACUUGGUGCUCACUGGCUCCCCAACAACGUUUCUGACAAAUGUGCAAGAGCCCUGGAGGGAGCUGACCAAGGUCCUUACGCUGAGAAAGAGCUUCCUCUCGAACAGAAUAACCAAACGGUGACGGUGGACUUCUGUCAGGAAAUGACUGAUAAAUGUACAACAGACGAGCAGCCUAGGAAGGAAUACACCUAGUGGCCAUAUACCUUUUCUGUCACGCCUAGCAAGGUAUUCUUCAGUCAGCCAGUGGCCACAUUUGUUUGUUUGUUUUAGAUUGAAGAACAUAAUUUGGUGCACACUACAGUGGUCUUAGCAGCAAUACUGUUUUUAAGUAUUCCCUCCUCUCUACAAGCAGGAGUUUAUCUUCUUCAUUAUGGUGCUAUCCCUCGCUCAGGCAAGGGAACAAAACAGUGGCAACACUGUCGGUGUCUUUUUUAAUUAUUGUUGUUAUUAUUGUUGUUGUUGUUACUGUAUUUUAAUUUCAAUAUUCAACAGGGAUGGACAUAACACCUCUGAGGACCCAAACGCAGCUUUUUUUCUCAGUGGCCCAUGUCACAAAACCCUAACUCAGGAAUUUCCUCUGAAUGUUCAAUUUUUCAUGGAAGACAGCUUCUUUACACAUCAAAGUUUUAUAGCUAAACUGUACAUACUAUAUAUAGUAUAUAUAAAAUAUAUAUCCAUAUGCAAAAAAAAUCCCUGCAUGCCUCAAUUUUUCUCAUGAAAACAACUGGAAGUUUUCUCAUUUCUAUUGUAUAGACAAAUUCCAACAUUCCUUUUUGUCAAUGCUAGAGGUAGUUUGUAACAGUUUUAAUAGUUUUCUUCCACUACUCAGUUCACAAUUCAGCAAUAUCAUUCAGUUCGGACCUUAUUUAUAACGUUUUAAUGUUGGAAACGUAUUUGAAAUUUUGAUAUGGACAGCAUUUGUGGCACUCCUGUCUUUUUCUGGUGCCCAUUUUGAGCAAUGUGGGUUUUACUCUGAUUUUCUCACAGAUACUGUACAGCAACGGUCAACUUUGCCACUUGCACUGAGUCUUGGAUCAAACCUCGUUCCACAAAUGAAGUUGUGACGUCUGUAUAACUCAUAUAUUGUAUUCUUUGCUUUCCCGUUUUUUUGUAUUUUGUAUUAUUAUUAUUAUCCUUUUUUGAUUAAAUGGGAGGGGAACCCAAGAUCACUCAGGAGAUGUUUAUGUAGGGAAAUAACAAUCUUGCCAAAUAUGGAACUCACCCAGUAAUGUGAAUUGGGUGUUUUCUGUAUUCAUCUUUUAUUUUCCAUUUUUUUAACUUUCUCAAAUCAAGUUAACAUUAACUGCUUCUUCCCUCCACCUUUUGCUUUCCUUUAAGAGUAUUUGCUAUUUGUUGAGUAUAGUUCAAUAUUUAAUAAGAUACCUAAAACUGUUAAGGGGCCAGUGGAUGUCAGUAAUGUUAAGAACAAUAGCUGAAGGCAAUAGUUGUUUAUCAGUGAGUACUUCUGUGACUCUCAAUGAAGUUUAAAUUGAGCUUGCCACUGCAUUUUUUAUUCUCUCAUACUGUACUGGUGCCCUUUUCCCUACAAGUAGUCCUGUGGGCCGCUUCAUAUAAUUCCAUUAAACACCAUCUCAAGCAGGUGGUAUUUGCAAUAUUUAACUACACUCGCUUCCCAUUUAUACUGACUAGAUUGAAGUGUGGGAAAUAGUAUAUCUGUGCAAAGUUUCUAGAACUAGGCUAGUUAACAGAGGCCUUGCUUGGAGCAAUCCUUUACCUGAAGAAUUAAAAACUAUGCAUUUCUAUAGUAGCUUCAUUUCCCAGAUGUCAGAGAUGCCAUGUAGUGAUUUCUCACAUCAGCAUAUAUCUGUUGGGCUCUCCAAAAAACAGUUUAUGGGACUAGUUUCAAAAGUAUUGAAACUCAAAAAGAAAUCCAUAGAAUUACUAUGACUAAUGCAUGCCAGUUUGAUCCUUCUGCAGACAGAAACGGUUUUGUUCAGUGGAACUGAUGCUGGCAAUCCCCAUCCUGAAUUUGAAUCCCCAGAAUCAGUCCAAAUAGGUUGGAAACCAUCCUCAUCAGAUUUCCAGGACAGCAGAGCCAAAUGAAGCCAUGCUAACAGUUGAGCUCCAAUUGAUUUUAGAUCAUAGUUGACCAAGGCAGAAUCUUCCUUUCAAGCCCAUGGAAACAAGUCUUCCAAGGGGCCGAUAAAAUCUACCAUGAACUUCUCUUCUCCAUCCUCAAUGGCAAAGGUGAGAGUUGCUCAAUAGAAAUAAUACUGCAAAGCCUCAAUUGAUUUCAAGUUUUAUAUAGGAUAGUACUCUGAUCAUCUCUGAUAAGUUGGUUCCUUCUGUGAAUUUGUUUCAGCAACUCUGCUUUGACUCUGUGGGGUUGCUUCAAGCUAUGUUUUUAUGGUGACAUCUGUGGUUUACAGAUUGGUACUGUUCACCUUUAUUACUGUGGAUCAGACUGUGUUGGGCUGCCCCACAUCCCUGACUGAGAUAGCUUUUUCUCUCCUCUUCAACCUGACUGUGUUCCUCCUUGCUAAUGUUUACACUAAACAUGGUAGCACUCUGUAAAUUGGCACCGGUUCUUCCUUUUUCUUCCCAGAAGAGGAAUGGGCACCCUUUUGUGUUUUGUUUAACGGUUAGUUGUAGUAGACAGCUUGCCAGUCCUAUUGCUGCUUUUGGCUCUAAAUUCAGUACAGUCUCCCUGCCAACCAGGUGGUGGAUCCAUUGCAUGUGCCACGUUUAUUUACUGGGAAGAGUGGGAUGUCCUUUUGUAGGCUGGAAAUGCUAUAUUUUUAAAAUAUAUAGAUAUAAAUACAUAAUUUAAGUAUUAACCAUUUCUGUAACAUAAAUAAAUACAAGCUUAUCUCUUAACUAUUCAUAUAUUUAUAUAUGCCAUAUGGAUGCUAGUUUCAACCCGUGGGGUGCCAUUUUGGCACCAGAUUGGGAAGGUUUUGACUUGUUUUGAAAGCAUAGCUAUUUAAUUAUAUUGGAAGCAUACAACCGGUGUACAGAAAAUAAACUGGGGGCGAAAGGUGGUAUGCACAUGUAAGGGUGAUGUUUUGUAACCUGUUGACGUUGCAGAGCCUUUCCGUGCCCUGCAAAGAGAUCUUACCUUCUGUGAGACAGACAAUGAAGCUAGAAUUUAAAGCUACUUGUGAAUUGCAUUAUAGCUUCAAAGCUAGGUUUUGGCAUUUGAGAUUUUGUUGUUGUUUUGUUGAUAGUAUUGUUCAGAUGUGGGAGUUUUGUUUGUUGCCUUUUUUAAAAAAUAUAUUAAGUGACCUCCAAGAGCUAGUUGUGUUUUUAUGGGUAUUCAACUAUGUCUAAGCUAGCUUCCUGACAUGAAGAUUUGCCAUCAUACCAACUCAUGUGCAACUGGUACUUUUGACCUCAUUCCAGUGGUUUAAAUGCAAUUGACAGAACAUAUUGUUCUACAGCAAUUGUAUUGACCUAGCUCUCUCAUUGGUGCUGGGUUUUGCUACUUUUUUUUCUUUUUAAAGAAAGAAACUGUUUUUUAUUAAAAUUAAAAUCCACUGCUCAGAGAAAUCUAUUGCUUCAAGCUUUUUAGGAUGUUUUGAGUUUGGGUCUUCACCAUUUAGAAAUGACAGUUCUGAAUAUUUUCUUCCUUGGAUUAUAUAUAUAUGUAUAUGUAUUGCAUGUUGUUCUUCAGAACCACAUGUGGAUCUUAGGUUGACUUCAAGGGAGGCAUUUAGGAGAAUUAGCUUUGAAACUGGACAUAGAUUGUCAUGUUUGAAUUGCAAUCUGGAGAAAAAUGAAAACCAAUAAUUGAUCAAGAUUCUCUUUGGAAAUUAAAAUAGUCCCGUGUUGUCCAGCAGGUGUAACAGGAGGAAAUCUUUAUAACUUCCACUGAUACUGGUUCAGAAAGUAAUAUUUCGUCUUGGUUUGACAUUUUUGUGCUAAACAGAAGAUACCUUUGCACUGAUUCAAGGAGCCUGUCGGGAGUAUGCAUUGGGCUCUGUCCAGUCUGUAUCUAGUCCUCCUUCCUUAUUUGCCUGUGCUCUACUUCAUGUUGCCAGAACACCUCAUUUCAUUUAGGCUUUUCUGCUUUUGUCAGGUGAGUAUUACACUAUGUAAUAUAUUUGCGUUCUCUCGGGGGUGCCUUGAAUAACAUUUAAAGUUCAUUGCAACCUGAUUCUGGAACAAAGAGCUAGUUAAAAAGAAGAGACUCAAGUGACGAAACAUCCCAGUAUUUAUAUCCUCGGCCUAACAUUAAAUGACUCAGGCGUCAAAGAGUUUGAUGCUGCAGUACAAAACUUUUGUUUUAUAUAUUGUACCAGUAAAUUAUUCAGUGUCUUUCUAAGGAUAUAUGCUGCUUUUAAAGAUGCACUAUAUAUAUUUUUUGUGUUGGAUCUAAUCCAUUUUUUCUUGUUGUUCCCAAGGAAGUAAAAAAAAAAAUUCAUUGGAUACACAAACCACUGUGAUUAGUGUUCCAACUGCUGUCUCUUCAAAAGAGAGAGCGGGAGCUAAAUAAACUUAAUGAAAUGGAUACAGCUGCUGCUAAUAUGGUAGUUAAGGGUAACAUUCAACACAUUGCCAAUUUAGGAAUUUUGAAAGUAUUUCUAGAGAUCUAGAAGUAUAUUUAUAUAGAGAGGUUUGAAAUAUUUAGAGUCCCUGGUAGGGACCGUAUCUCUCUCUUAAGAGCUCUGAACACUGAUAUUCAGCAGUUAUAGUGAUUCCCACCUGAGGAUUGUUAUGAUGGGAAAAGCUAUACCUGUGGAACUUCGGUUUUCCUUUAGCUCUCAUAGGGUUCAUCUAUACCAAUGGUUUUCAGCCUGUGAGUCCCCAGAUGUUUUGGCCAUCAACUUCCAAAAUUCCUAACAGCUGGUAAAAUGGCUGGGAUUUCUGGGAGUUACAGACCAAAACACCUGGAGACCCACAGGUUGAGAACCACUGAUCUACACUGUAGUAUUUAUGCAGUUCGAUAUCACUUCAACUGCCGUGAUUCUGUGCUGUGGAAUCAUAGGAGUUGUAGUUUUCCAAUGUCUUCAGCCACAUUUGCCAAAGAGUUCUGGUAUCUCACAAACUGCAACUACCAUCAUUCCAUAGCAUUGAGUCAUGGCAGUUAAAGUGGCUUCUAACUGCAUUAAUUCUGCUGUGUAGAUGCACCCUUAAACAAAAAUAGCAUGUUUCCCUGGAUGGAACAUAGUAACCCUCCCAAUGACUGCUGCACAUAAGUUUAUAUCCCAGAGUCAGAAUAAUGAUAAAAUUGAGACUUUUGGAGACUUUAAUAGAAAUGUAGGGUAAUCCCAUUUCCAGAGGUGUAGUGACUUUUUAGAAAAACUGGUGGUCCUUGUAUGCUCCUUUUUCUUUAGAAACUAAUAGGUAUGGGUUUAGCCUGUGAAGCUUGAGCAUCCCUUGAGUAUCAGGCCUAGUGAGUAGUUUUGAUAAGCCUAUGCAAGCAUGAGAUCUUCACCAACUAGCUCAGACCAAUGACUCCAAGAGGCAGUCUUAAAAAAAAAACAGAUGUCACAUUUAUUUGUUUUCUUAUUGACAUUAUACCAGUUUAAAUGUAUACAUUUUAAAAAAACAUUCAGUUUAGAGAAGGUGGAUAGAAAAAUAACGACUUGAUGUAGCUUAAGGGAAACCUUGCUAAAAUGUGGUAGCUAAUUUCUAUCUAUAGUAUAAAUUUGUGUGUACUUUUGCUUGUUUAUACUGUGUAUAUUUAUAAUAUUUGAAUUAUUUCACGACCCAGGCAUCCAGCGAUGCUGCAGAAUAGAGUUGUACAUGUACAUAAGUUAAAUCCAUUCAAACAGUUUUUUUGUAUAUUAAAAAUCUAUAGUUUGGUGGAUUGUAGACUACUAAUAAAUUAUAAUUUCCUCUCUUAGAAUGUCAUUGCUUGCCUUGUAAAAAAAAUUGCAGUAUUUUCCUACACUCCACCAAUAUUCUAUAUCAAAUUUAAAACUAGUGAUGUUUGUUUGUUUUUAAAUUAUAAAUGCUCAGAUAAAGUUCUGCUAUUGUUGUGAUAAAGACCACUUUUUAAGUGGAGAAUAAUUAUACAAAUUUCCAGCUCGGUUUUUAAAAAAAAUAGAGAAAUAGCCUUUGUUAUCAGACGCCUCUUAAACAUGAGCUCUUUUCUAUAGGUCCAGUUUACAUACCAGUUUAGCCACCUAUGCAGUAUGGUAGUUGAUUUGGAAGUUUGUAGGACCUGAUUCUUUGCAUGUUUACUUAAAAGUAAGUCUCACUGAGUUCAAUUGAUGGAGCUUAUUUUUUUAUAAGUGUGCCUAGGAUUACAGCCUUAUAAACGGAAGAACAAUAAGCAGUUUGUUCAGAAAUUGAGUUUUGUUAUUGUUCAAAGCUCAGUUUCAGUAUCCAGAGUUAGUGAUCCAUUUAAUUUCAAAGGCACUUGGAGCCUAAAACCCCUAGUGCUCUGUCUUAACUGCUCAGUCCAAAUUUGGGACUAGGACCAGUGGGAGUCUCUGGUUUAUUUCCUCCCCCCUUCCCAUCUGCUCUUAAAACUCAGUGCUUUCUUGAAAAGUGAGCAUGGACUCUCUUGCGUUUACAGUACAACUAAAAGGGUAACUCAUGCUUCAGAAACUGGCAUUUGCUGUUGGCAAGACGACUGGAAACACGUGAAUCCUUGUAGUUGCCAGAAAAUGUACUAAUCCUUCUGAGAUCUUUGGAGACUUGUUUUUUUUUUUUUUGGGGGGGGGGGGGGGUUGGGUUUUGUUUUUUUUUUUGUUUGUUUUUUUUGGCCAUUCAGUUCUCAAGAGUCAGCUUUGAUUUCAGGGGCGGAGAGCGCCCCAAGAGUUUGUUCCAGAACCAGUGGAAUACAAGUGCACCUCGACUAUAUGCCUUACAAACUUCAGAGGCCAUAUUCAAAACAGGGUUUUUAUCAGUGUAUGCAAGGGGAUGCAACCCCUCUUCUCUUCCUCCCCAGGUCAGACAGUAUGGACAGUUUUCACACACAUAUCUACCUGUAUAAUCCUCUGUACCUCUCAUAACUGGUCAAUGACUGUAACAAGUUGCAUCAGGUGUUUUUCUAUAUACUUUUUACACAGAUUCUAUGCGAUUAAUGUAACUUAAUUCAAUGCAUCAUUUUAUUGUACUAGUUCUUAAGCUUGUCUAUUAUUAUUAUUUUCUAGGUGACUGUGGUUUCUUGUGAUUUUUAUUGUAUAAAUGAAAUGGCUGUUGAUGCUUAUUCCUUGUUACUAAGAAUUUUUACCUUUUUUGGGGGGGAAAAGCAUAGUUACAAACUAAUAAAUUUGAGACUUCAUUUACUCAUGUAAAUACAGUAUCGUGCAAAGAGAAAAAAACCCCUUCCCAUUCAUUUGAAUUGAUAGUGUUAACUGAAUUUUGUCUAGACACCAUUUCUGUUGAUGAAAUAAAGACAUAUCAUUAUGUAUUGUA